AUGGAGCUUAAUCAUUUAGAUGCCGAGUCCGAGGACAUAGAUAGGGAGUUGCCCUUGCAGAGAAAUCUCGAGGAGAAUGGCCUUCACCACCCACAUUAUCCAUCUUCAGUUAGAAAAAAGGCUUAUAUUUUCGAUGGUGAUGGCAAUUACUACAAUAAGGAAUGGGAUCUUGCUCAAGGCACAGGCAAUGAGUUCUGUUGGUACCAUGUCGAACUCCCGAAAGGCAAUCAAAAGCUAGCCCAACUCGCACAGUACCUUAUCGAUGUCCUUUGCCCUCCCCUCAAGCUCCAGGACAUACUCUCGCUUGUUAGCAAUGGGCCGUUUUGUGGGCACGUUGAUGGCGCCCUUGUUUUCAGGGUAAAUUCACCCGGGCCCACCUCAAGCAAGUUUACUUUUAGGAUUGCUGCAAGAAUUACCGAGGGCUCGGUUAUUACUGUGUCAUUGAGCCGGGUUCCAAGAUUGGGCUUUUCGCCUGCGAACGAGUCUUUGCUGUCCGAGAUUCCGGUCGUUGAGGGUUCUAGUCGUGGGGGUGGUGAGAAUGAGGGUCGGGGAGGUAUUGUGAUUAGGGAACAUGUAUUGGAUUUUCUCCUGACGAUGAAUCAUUCGGAGGAGGCAGAUAAUCCGGUGCCUAGGAAGGUCUCGAAUCUCGUUGUUCACGUUGUGGAUACACACGUGGAUCACCUUCAGGACCUAGUGACGAAGCUCGAGAUUGAGCUGGAUGCUGUCGAGUUUGAGUUGGAUAGAGGUGGCUUUGUUUUGAAAAAACAAUUGUUAGAUGAUAGGAAAUUUCCAAGAAUGCAUCUCGACUUGCAACGCCUUUUGCAGGUGAUUGCACAUGGCGAACAAGUAUUCCCCCGAGUUAAGGAGAAGUGUUCAUCAAAAGAAUGGUUUGCGAGUGAAGAUAUUAAUGCCUUAGAGGAAUUAAUUGGCCGGAUAAGGAGACUAAAGGAGAAUGUCGGCUUUAUAGCAAAUCGUGUGACGGCAAUUCAGGCUGGCCUGGACAGCUGGCAGGCCGAGCAGAUUAAUCGAAAAUUAUACUAUCUUUCAUUCCUCUCCAUCAUUUUUCUGCCUUUAUCCAUAAUUACCGGAGUGUUUGGGAUGAAUGUCGGUGGAGUUCCAUGGACGGGACAAAGGGACCCUGAACUGAAAGACGGGUUUCGUAAUGUGAUGAUUCUCUGUUUUGCAAUGCUGGUGAUCAUUCUAUUGUGCUUCCUUUUUCCGGCCAUUUAUAAAGGUGUAACAGCCUGGAAGAAAAGGCGAGUGUUAAGAAAAAGUUGGUCUCUCAACCGGAGAUCCUUCUUUAGAAGAACCGAGAGGGGAGGAUAUCUUCGACUUUAG